AGAAAAGGAGCUGUCAAAAUUGGUUUGUUGUCAGAGCCUAUCCCUUUAGCCGUGAAUGUACAAACCCUGCUGCACCUGGACAGAUCCACGCUAUGUUCAGGGGCAGAAGUUGUGGGGGACUUCAGAGAGUGGUGUGAGAAAGUCUUCCAAUUGCACGGAAAAGUUCCUCCUGCUGUGAUUUUUCUGAUACAGGCGUGGAAGAAUCUCGGAGAAUUGAUGUUUGUUCUACCUGACUGUGCUCUCUCAAAUACUCAGUUAAUCCCCAUGUGCAACGCGGAUUAGGUCGCGGUUGUAACGUGAUGUCGCUGAGCAGGAAAAAAUUCAGUGGAGAGCUGCCAGAACUUGGUGAGAUAGUCAGUUGAGCUGCUGGCUUUCGUGUGAGAUCAUCUUCUUCAUUGAGUUCUCUCUCCUACUGCAAUAAAUACUGCUGAAAUGGCCAAGGACAAUCUAACUGCUGUCCUCUAUGGGAUUGAGGAUUUGCGCCUUGAGCAAAAGCCCAUUCCUGAAAUCCGGGACAAUGAGGUCCUCUUGGAGAUGGAUUGCGUGGGAAUCUGUGGAUCAGAUGUUCAUUAUCUCGUGGCGGGUAGAAUUGGUCCCUUUGUGGUGGAACAGCCUAUGAUUAUUGGUCAUGAAGCAUCGGGAAUUGUGACGAAGCUGGGAAAGAAUGUGAAGACUCUGAAGGUUGGAGAUCGUGUGGCUAUUGAACCGGGAGUUUCGUGUCGAGAGUGCAGAUACUGUAAAGAAGGUCAAUACAACUUGUGUCCAGAAAUGAUUUUCUGCGCCACUCCCCCUUGUCACGGGAAUCUUACAAAAUAUUAUGCUCACGCGGCGGAUUUCUGCUUUAAAUUGCCUGACCAUGUGACAAUGGAAGAGGGAGCUCUACUGGAACCCCUCUCUGUUGGGGUUCAUGCCUGUCGUCGGGGCAAUGUGAAUGUUGGCUCAGAGGUGCUCAUUCUCGGUGCUGGCCCUAUUGGUUUGGUCACAUUGUUGACUGCCAAAGCCAUGGGAGCUUCCAAAGUUAUCAUAACGGAUUUAAUAGCUAAGAGAUUGGAUGUGGCUAAGGAACUGGGCGCUGACUAUACAUACCUGGUGGAAAAGGAUGUGUCUGAGGAUGACAAUGUGCGCAAUAUCCAUAGGAUUUUAGGAUCACAGCCGGACAAAGCGAUAGACUGCAGUGGGGCUCAAGCAACUGCCCGUCUAGCUAUGUUAGCUACCAGAAGCGGAGGAUGUGUGAUUCUCGUAGGCCUAGGACAGCCGGAAGUCACCGUGCCGCUGGUAAAUGCAUGUACCAGAGAAGUUGAUAUCAGAGGAGUCUUUCGAUACUGCAAUGAUUAUUCGGCUGCUUUGGCGCUCGUAGCGAGUGGGAAGAUUCCGGGUCUUAAGAAACUGGUUACUCAUCAUUUUGAUAUCACAGAGACUGCAAAGGCCUUCGAGACAUCUCGCUAUGCUCUUGGGGAUGCCAUUAAAGUGAUGAUCCACUGCCAGAAGAGAGAUCAGAAUAAUUCAGUUAAAUUUGAAUAAAAUCAAUCAAUUAAUUUUGCGUGCCGAUAUGUACAGUUUUUGUGGGUUUUAUUACUUUUCACAGCUAUUGCAAAUUGAUGAGAAUAUUAGUUAUAAGGAUUUUUUCUUCUUCAAUUUAUUUUUCGGGAAAUUCCGAAGUAAUAUUUUCAUUGUGAUUGAAUAAUUACUGAUUGCAAAAUAUAACUGAGUAAUACGACAUUAUAUCCGAAAAAAAGCUUUGAGAUCGGACUAGAAACAGUAAUUUUAACAAAAUCAUUUCUUAAAUGCACGAAUUUGUAAAUAGAAAUAAUGUACAAAUUUUGCGCAACGUACAAAUUUUGCAUAAUGUACAAACAUGUUACUGGCCUAAAUGGUUAGGAAUAGCGAUUUCAGGUUUUCAGGGAACCGUCCUCUACAUGGACUUGCUCAAAACAAAAAUAACGUUUAUUCUAAUAUAUCGCCACAUUUUUCCCUCACAGAAAUGUUGUAAUGGCGGUUUUCCAGUGUCAAAGCACUUUUCAAGAUCCAUUUUACAAUAACUUUAAAUGACAUUGGAAUCAAAUAAAAAUUUUCAUCUUUUUGUUAUAGCAUUUUUUUGUUACUUUUAUGCCAUUACGAGAAAUUUUCAAUUUUUUUAUUAGCGUAGUGUAGAUAGACUUAAAACUAUACCAGCUGAAUUGAUUGCUUAGCUGGGAUGUACAUAAUGUAUAAAUCUUCAAACAUUCAGUUGUAUUUAUAGACAAAUAAAUUUUUGAUUGUAUUGUAAUCGCAACUGAA